AAUUAUUCCGAUUUUAUUUAUUUCAAUUCAAUUCGCCUUCAGGUUAAUCGAUUUUUGAUUUGGCGAUAUGUCUGCUACUGCGACUACAACAGCUACUGCUGCUCCCCGUUAUGCUCCGGAGGAUCCAACGCUUCCAAAACCCUGGAAAGGGUUGGUUGAUGGCAAGACAGGGUAUCUUUAUUAUUGGAACCCAGAAACCAAUGUUACCCAAUACGAGAAACCAUCAGGUCCUAAAGGUGCAGAUAAACCACAUAAGUCGUCUGCGGUGGCUAUAAGCUCUGCAGUUCAGGUCCAACAAGAGAAUGGAUAUAUUGAUGAUGACGACGAAAGAUAUGGUAGACAUAGUAACGGAGGAUCAAAGCUUUCCUCUGGAACCAGAGGUUACGAAAGUACAAGAAAUGGUUCACAUUAUACACAGAAUACUGGGGCGCUUGCUACUAGACCAUACGGAUCAGCAGGUGGUGGUGGCGGUUUAUCCCCAGAUGCAUAUCGCCGGAAGCAUGAGAUAACUGUCACGGGUGAUAACGUGCCUCCACCCUUUACAUCAUUUGAAGAUACUGGGUUUCCUUCUGAGUUGCUUAGAGAGGUACUUGAGGCAGGGUUUUCUGCUCCUACUCCUAUUCAAGCACAAUCUUGGCCAGUUGCUCUUCAAAGCCGUGACAUUGUGGCCAUUGCAAAAACAGGAUCUGGGAAGACAUUGGGUUACUUGAUUCCUGGAUUUAUUCACCUUAAAAGGGUCCAUAAGAAUCGUCAGAUGGGGCCAUCAGUUUUAGUUUUAUCACCCACUAGAGAAUUGGCUACACAGAUACAAGUUGAAGCAGUCAAGUUCGGGAAGUCAUCAAAGAUUCUAUGCACGUGUUUGUAUGGAGGAGCACCAAAGGGCCCACAACUACGAGAUCUGGACCGUGGAACUGAUAUCGUGGUUGCUACUCCUGGUCGCUUGAAUGAUAUUCUGGAAAUGCGAAAAAUCAGCCUGAGUCAGGUUACUUACUUGGUCUUGGAUGAGGCGGACAGAAUGUUGGACAUGGGAUUUGAACCUCAGAUAAGGAAAAUUGUUAAUGCAGUUCCAGCACGACGCCAGACACUUAUGUACACUGCUACAUGGCCCAAGGAGGUUCGAAAAAUUGCUGCUGAUUUAUUGGUUAAUCCAGUUCAAGUGAACAUUGGGAAUGUGGAUGAGCUUGUUGCCAAUAAGUCAAUUACACAGUUUGUUGAGGUUGUGUCUCCGAUGGAGAAAAAUAGACGACUGGAGCAAAUACUUCGAUCUCAAGAACCGAGAUCGAAGGUCAUCAUUUUUUGUUCUACAAAAAAGAUGUGUGAUCAGUUGGGUCGCAAUUUGACCCGACAGUUUUCUGCCGCUGUUAUUCAUGGAGACAAAUCACAGGGUGAGAGAGAUUAUGUGCUGAAUCAGUUUCGUAGUGGCAAGUCUCCGGUGCUUGUAGCAACAGACGUUGCUGCUCGUGGAUUAGAUAUCAAGGAUAUUAGGGUGGUGAUCAACUAUGACUUCCCUACGGGGGUUGAGGACUAUGUGCAUCGAAUUGGAAGGACCGGUAGGGCUGGUGCAACUGGAGAGGCUUAUACGUUUUUUGGGGACCAGGAUGCAAAACAUGCCUCUGAUCUCAUCAAAGUACUGGAAGGGGCAAAUCAGCGUGUCCCCACAGAAAUUAGAGGUAUGGCGUCACGCAGUGUAGGGAUGGGUGGCAAGUCUAGGCGUUGGGGACCUGGUCCUGGGUCUAGUUUUGGAGGUGGCCGUGAUGGAGGUCGUGGAGGACGAUCCAGUUCAGGCUUUGGUGGACGAAGUAGUUUUGGAGGCCGUGAUAGUAAUAGGUUUUCUUCUGGUGGGUACAAUAAUCACAAGAGCUUCAAUGAUGGCAAUGUGGGUCCUGGAGAGAGGCGGGGCAGGAGCAGAAGUCCACCCAGCAAAGUUGGUUCAGGAUGGGGUAGAGCCCGCAGUCGCAGCCCUGAGAGAUUUGACAAAGCACCGUUAGCGGCAAGAAACAAUGUGAAACCCUCACCUGAUGUGUUUCGCCCUCGUUUUCGUCAACCUGGUGGUGAUGAAGAGGAAGAAGGUAUGAUUCGGGAGUAAGCUGAUGCUGGUAGCUGCAUAGUAACCGAGUGUUUUUUAUUUUUUAAGUCAUCGAAACAUGGUUUUGAGAAGGUGAAAGAAUUCAGUAUUAAGUAGGAGAAAUGAUCUUGGUUCGCUGGUAUAAUAUGUUGAAAUUUUAGCAAGCACGAUCAAUGUCCUAAAAAGGUGGUUGGUUGUGUUUGGUCUCAGACACCUAAACACAUUGGUGUCAAUGUAAUGUAGAUGUGUUUGAGAAUGAGUGAUUAGUGUAUUAGUUUGUUGUUGGAUGAUGGAAUCAUAUGAACUCGUGUACAACAUUUAGGUCUUUGUACUAUUGGUUUCGUUUAAUGUUUGGUCUUAUAUAUAAUCUAUAUAUAGAACUGGAACGAAUUCUAUUA